CCGUUGUGCCGACGAGUGAUAGUGUCAGUCAGUGUCAAAAGAUCAAAGUUCCAGUGAUAAACAUUAUUCAAGCAUGUUCAAACUUAUUUAUUUUCAGGAGGACAAAGUAUUUUAGUAUCGUGUCUUUUCAAAUUGAUAAAGGUAACAAAAUGUGUUUUUGAUUUUUGAUUAAAGCUUUUACGUUCGUUUCAGUGUUUAUGAUUGGUUAAAUCUAGAAAAACUUUAAAAUGGCAACAAAUGAAAGUGAAAGUUACAAUCAUAUUAGAAGACGAGCAAAAAGCGUGACACGUGCUGAAGAUAUAAAAACUUUUGAGGCAAAAAAACGAAAAUCACAACCAGACAAACCAUGUCACAAACCCAGAGAUUCGUUGUUUACUUGGUCAUCGAAUUUCAACAACUUCACCGGUUUCAUAAACUGGGGUUUCCUUCUUCUCUUCAUGGGUGGAAUUCGCCUUUUAUUAGAAAAUCUAUUAAAAUAUGGAAUCAGAGUGGACCCAAUGCAGUGGUUCAUUGUUCUCACAGGACGACAGGAGGGGGGGCCUGAACAUCCAUCCAUUCUUCUCAUCAUUUACUCUGUUGUGCCUGUAAUUUUGAGUUUACUGAUUGAGAAGGGACUGGCCUCCGAUAUCAUAGGUGCUACACUAGGCAUCGUAGCCCAUGUAGUAAACCUGGCUGCCUUGGUACUCCUACCGAUGGUGGUCAUCCAUGUCAAUGCCAGUGGAUUCAGUUUAGUGGGUGCUACAACAGUCUGCUCUCUCUACUCCAUCCUGUUCCUCAAGCUGUGGUCCUACGUGCAGGUGAACCUCUGGUGUCGACUUGCUCUCCAGACCUCCAGCAAGGUACACCUCAGGCGACAAAGCCUCUCCGUCAAGUCUAACUUGAACACAUUCAACCCCAACAGUGAGGAGGUGGACUUGGGCGUGCCCCUGGUGCAGUACCCAGAUAACCUCAACCUGCGUGACCUGUUCUACUUCAUCGCUGCUCCAACACUCUGCUACGAGCUCAAUUUCCCCAGAACUGGCCGCAUCAGGAAGAGGUUUUUGCUGAAGAGGUUGUUCGAGGUGGUGAUGCUCUGUCAGGUGAUGAUGUCAUUAUUUCAGCAGUGGAUCGUUCCUUCCGUCAAACAUUCGCUCAUCCCAUUCUCUAAUAUGGAUAUUGUUAAAGCUACAGAGAGACUACUGAAACUUGCUAUCCCAAAUCAUCUUCUCUGGCUAAUAUUUUUCUACCUCUUGUUCCAUUCUUUCUUGAACUUGGUUGGUGAGCUCCUACAUUUUGCUGACCGCAAUUUUUACAGCGAUUGGUGGAACGCAAAGAACAUUGAUGUGUUCUGGCGUAGUUGGAACACUCCAGUUCACCUUUGGGCUGUGCGACAUCUGUAUCUGCCAAUGGUUGGCCUGGGAUAUAGCAAAAACAUGGCAAGCAUCAUGGUAUUCUUCACCAGUGCCUUUUUCCACGAGUACCUUGUCAGUGUGCCUCUUAGAACCUUCAAAAUUUGGGCAUUUUUAGGAAUGAUGGCUCAGAUUCCAUUGGCCAUCAUUUGUCGUAAGAUAGAAACCAAAUAUGGCAGUCGUUGGGGCAACAUCAUCGUCUGGUCUUCUCUGAUCGUCGGACAGCCCCUCUGCAUCAUGAUGUACUACCACGACUAUGUCAUCACACACUUUGGCAAGGCCUUGCUGGAGGCAUAUGCCCAGGUCUAACCUCUAAAAAUUAGUAGUCAUCUUAACUAGAUUUGUUAUUAGUUAACCGAGUAGCAUUCCAAAGUACUUCUGCUUCAAGUGUACUUAGUCCAUGAGAAAAAGCGGCUGUAUAACAAGCUGGUCAUAUGAGACUGAUAAACAUUCCAUGUUUUGCAAUUUUUGUAAUUUACAGAAUUUUAUAAUUGUUCUUAUAUUGAAUAGUUUAUUAUAUUUUUAUAUUCUAGCAUGUAGGGUUUGUCGUCUCGUUGAAGAGAUGGUGCUUGCUUAUAUUGUAUUUUACCUUAUCAGCCUUGAAAUAGUAGAGAUUGUGAAAUCUGUUAGUGUAGAAUUUAUAAUCAAAAUAAUGUUUAAUAAACAUUUUUGAAAUCUGUGAUCUACUUAAGCAGAGCCUCCAUGACUGUGGUGGAAAACUGAAACCACACAUUCCAUGACUUUCUUCUUUGCCAGAGUUUUAAAGGCAUGGGCAUUCAAGUUUCAAUCUUAAAAAACCGUUAAAAAUGUAUUUUAAAUUAACAUUUCUCUUUCGCUACAAGUGAAUAAGAAGUUUCGAAAUGCAAUUAAUAAUUACUAUAUUAAUUUCCAAUAUGAUAGUUGACAAUUUAGUUUUUUCCAUGUAGGCUAUAAUAAACUGAACUCAAAAAUAGUCUAACAUUUUUUUAAUUAAACUAAACUUUUAAGAAAGUCAUUAGGGUAGUACUGAUUUUACCAGUAAGCAAAACUAGCUUUUACAGAAUAAUAUGAAUAGUAAUAGGAGGUGUUGGACUAAUAUGGAGCAACAGAGUUUCCAAUUUGAUUGAUAAAUUGUAAAAUUUAUUAAAGAGCAUAUAGUGGAAAUUAUUGAAUAGUAUAUAUUAUUUUAAUAUAGUAGUUAAUAGAAAUGUUCAAAACAUAUUUAUAAUUGCCAGUUGUUGUUAUCAUAAUAUUAUUUUUAUUUAUAUAUUAUAUUACAGUUUCAUAAAACAUAUUAUAUUUUUUUAAGUUUUUUAAUUGAUUGUUUAUCGUUUUGUAUUGUUUUUUUUUAUUAGUUUUGUAAUUAUACUUAUAUAGAUCAAACAGUAAAACAUAAUACUGCUACCAUUACAUAUUGCAUGUAAACCAUGGAACUCCAUGUUUAUGUUUCUGGAGUUCCAAAGUGUUGAUUGUGUGGAAGCUGAAGCUUUUCACCAUUUUACUAAAUUAUUGUACAAUCUAACACUUAUAGAGUAUACAGUGAUAAUAAAUUGAAAUAUCAUAUUUAA